CAUAAAGUCGGCCACACAAAUUUGGUUGCUUCUUAGAGGCGUCUUUCUUGUGCUCUAAGCUACGACCAAAUCUCUAUUGAAUAAAUUCAAGUUUUGCAGUUUGCUUCCCUCCCAUCUUCAAAUAUCCUCUAUUUGAUCAUCUCUUCAUCGAAAUUCGAAAACCAAGCUUUGAACUUUUAAUAGCUUUCGAGUUCAAACAUCAAUUGUUACUGCGUAAAAAGGAAGAAAAAAGAACAACAAGGCUAAGAAUGGGAGGAACAGCAUUUUUUCCAGAUUUAGGACAACAUUGCCAACACCCAGAUUGCUAUCAGCUUGAUUUUCUUCCCUUCAACUGCAAUCGUUGCCAAAAGGUUUUCUGCCUAGAACACAGAACAUACAGAUCACAUGAAUGUCCAAUACCAGACGACAAGAGCAGGAAGGUGAUAGUGUGUGAAAUAUGCUCAAAAUCAAUGGAAACAACAGGUUUAUCUUGUGAAGACGAGAUGGCGAUGAAACAGAAACAUGCAAGCUCAAAAGAAUGUGACCCAUCAAAGAAGAAGAAACCACAAUGCCCCAUAAAAGGAUGCAGGCAGUACUUGACGUUCUCCAAUGCCACGGUUUGCAAAAGCUGCAAUACCAAGGUUUGCCUCAAGCACAGGCUCCCAGCAGAUCAUGUAUGCAAGACAGGGUUACCAUCUGUUGCAACAAAGUCCAAUAAUAGUGGUUCAGCAAACAAGUUUUUGGUUUCAUUGGCUGCACGAAAUGGAAAAGAUUGUGCGAAGAAUAGACAUGAACAGGUUUCUCCCACAAAUUCAGGCUCUGUUGAAGCAUGUUGAUGAUCAACAAAUUUAAUUUUUCAGUCCGGUAUAUGAUAAGGGCUACUGCUCUUAUAUUUGGCGCCAACAGAAAUACAAAUUAUGUUAUUUCUGUUAUAACAAUCUGUUACUAUUACAAUAAUUCUGUUAUUCAGUUUUUGUAAGCUUUGUCUAUAAAUAAUUAAAAGGAUUUGUAAUGAUUCGUUAAUCAUUAAAUGAAUUCGUACCUCAUCUCUCAUUA